CUGCAUACUUUUAUCGUUUUUACAGACGACACCCUUAUAUUGACGACCGCUGACCACAGUCACACAUUCACCAUAAGUGGUUACCCGAAGCGAGGCAAUCCCAUAUUUGGACUUGUGGUCGAUAUCUACAAUAGGACAGUGGUAGCGUCUAGUGACAAGUUACCUUUUUAGUUACCUUACACGACCCUCGGAUAUGCUAAUGGGCCAGGAGGACUCAAGGUUAACGCGACCCGCGCCGAUCUUACCAUGGUCAAUACGGCUGACAAGGACUUUAAGUCGCAGGCGCUGUAUUACCAGAGUAGUGAGGCCCAUGGCGGCGAAGAUGUCGGUAUUUACGCGGACGGGCCUGGGGCCUACCUGAUGCAUGGUGUGGUGGAGCAGAACUACAUAUUCCACGUGAUGGACCACGCCCUCUGUCUGAGUGACAGCAAACAGGGUACGUGUACCAGGCACGUGACGAGAGGCGGGGCCCCCAAAACCACACCACGCCCACCCCGAGGUGCUUUGUGA